AUGGCUGAAGGAACUUGGGAGAAGCUGUCCCAGGUCGCUGUCCUGGGCGCUGAAUAUGACUCCCCUGAACGCCAGCCCCAUCCGAAAUGUUUGGAAAGGACCCGAGUGAACCUUCUCAAAUUCAUCUACGAAUUGUCGGACAAGCGAGAGAAGAGUCAGAUCAUUUGGCUGCAUGGCACGGCGGGCGUCGGAAAGUCUGCCGUGGCAUUCACUGUGGCUGAGAGGAUGAAAGGUCUGAUGAUGACGGAGACGACGAAAAUCGAAACAAGGCUCGCAGGAACAUUCUUUUUCUCGCGCAAACACACGCAGCGCAGCACAGCUGGUCAUUUCUUUGUGACCCUUGCUUACCAGCUUGGGAUCAAUUUUCCCGACGUCAAGAACGACGUGAGCAGAGCUAUCCGCGAGAAUCAUGCGGUUCUAGACUCCAGAAAAUCUCUUCGCGCACAGAUGAAUGCGUUAUUUCGCCGACCUCUCUGGCACCUGAAAUCCAGUCUGCGUAAGUGUCCGCCCCCGGUGUUUGUUGUAGAUGCCCUCGAUGAAUGCGAACGUAAUGCCGUCGCCGAUCUGAUCUCCCUCCUCGGGGAAGCUCUUCGUGAUCCUGAACUUCCCGUGUUCCACAUUCUGCUCACGAGUCGCUUGGAGGAGCAUAUCCGUGAAGCCAUGCGAAGAGAAGAAAUGCGCACACUGGUGUAUGAGAUACCGGUGAACACUUCUGGGGAGGGCGUCGCUGGCACCAUUUCAUUAGACGGCGAAGAUGUUGACAAUGACAUCUAUAUCCUCUUACAGCAUUCUUUCAUGAAGCUGCGAAGUCGCCGUCCUGAUUUCCCUCGGCCCACUGCAGAUAAUCUUGCGCGGCUGGCGAACCGAGCUGGCAGACGUUUCAUCGUGGCAUCUACAAUGAUGAAGUUCGUUGAUGACGGAUACAAUGACCCCCGGGAUCGCCUUGAGCUCAUGCUCGAGCUGACCAAUGAACUGCUACCUGGGACGGAAGUGUACGAGCUAUACAACCGCAUCCUCUCCACCUGUUCGAACCCCGAUCGGGCAUACCAGCACUUGUCCAUUGUUGCUGCCCUCGCAGACCCUCUGCUGAUCUCACAGAUCUCGAAGCUCCUUGGUCCCGGUCGAAACUGCGAUGUCGAGACCACGCUGAAACAGCUACGUUCUUUCAUGGAUAUCCCCGCUGACAGCAGCCAUCCCGUGAAUAUCUACCACUCGUCCAUUCGAGACUAUGCUUCAGACUUCUCAAACUGCAGCCUCCAUGGACUACAGCCCAUCCCACCACAUUCCCUGCUUGCUGAUUCCUCUUUUCGUUUGAUGGUUCGAGACAUGCCAAAA